UCUGAGGUUGGUUGCCCAGAAAACAUAAAAGACUGACUCUGCGCUUCGAGCUUUCUUUCUAUUUCUCUCUAAGCCAAAAGCAUGGAGGACUCCGGACCCCCGGCCCCAAACCUAAAUCCGAUAUCGGGUUGGAGCAACGUUCUGAAGAGCCAACCACCUAAACCUCAUACUCAAAGCCAAAUUACGGCGACAAGCCAAAUCUUCGUUGAAAGCUGCAAAUCCACGAAGGGAAUAGCGGUGGCUGUAGUGGACGCCAACGCCGUCAUCGAAGGUGGAGAAAAGCUAAACAACAUCACUGACAGGUUCGUUACCGUCCCUGAAGUUCUCGCAGAAAUUCGCGACCCCGUUUCCCGCCACCGCCUAGCUUUCAUCCCUUUCUCCAUCGAUUCUGUGGAGCCCUCCCCAGAUGCCCUAAAUAAAGUUAUCAAAUUUGCGAGGGCGACUGGUGACUUGCAGACUCUUUCUGAUGUUGAUCUCAAACUGAUUGCCUUGACUUACACCUUGGAGUCUCAAAUUCAUGGAACAAAUCAUCUUAGGGAUGCGCCUCCCCCUGUUCAUGUUGUUAAUGUGAAGAGGCUGCCUGAAAGGGACUUGCCUGGAUGGGGCUCUAAUGUCCCUAAUUUGGAAGAGUGGGAAGCUCUCGAACCGGAAACAGGAGAUGGAUUCAACUCUAACUCAAGAAUCCUUCCCUUGAAAGACUUAAAUAUGAACUAUGUCUCAUCAGAUAACCAUUCCGAAGAUGUAUUGGUGGAAACAAAGAGUGAAACACAUUCUGAGAAUCGAGAAGAUAUUGACCAGGGUUUUAGGAGGCCUAGGCGCUAUUUUCCCCAGAAAGAAGAGGUAAAAAUCGAAGGGAAAAAGAUGGUGGCUGAUGGUAUUGAUGCAUCUCAGGGACACUUGGAUGAUAAUGCUGAUGAUUGGCUGCCUGCAGUAAGUCGAAGUACUCAUAGGAGAUAUCUUAGGAGGAAAGCUAGGCGGGAAUUCUACGAGGCAUUAGUGGAGAAAGAUUGUCAAGAAGAUAUGAAAAAAGGCUUAGAGAAGAGCAACAGUGAAGAUGCAAGUGGUUGUCCUGAUCGACCAUUGCAACAAAGUGCCGAAGAAGUUCAUUCCGGAAAUGGGAUUUAUGAGGAGGCUGAGCGAGCAGAAGUUGACAAGGGUGAUGGAGAUCUUUCUUCAAUCCUAAAACAAAUGAGGCUGGAAGAAGAUCCAGCGAGGACUCUUGGAGAAGCUAAAGAAGCAGAAACCACAGCGGAGGAAGCUAUGUUAAAUGACAGUAUGAAUCUUGCUGUUGAAGGAGAUAGUGAAGAAUUAGACCAGUUGGAGAUGUCAAGUCAGACCAAUGAAACUGUCGAUGCAUCAUUCACUGAUGAUGUGAGCAGUGAACAGAGCUGGAUGUUGAGAUCCUUAUCCGAGUCCACUGUAGCUUGUGUAACGGGGGAUUUUGCUAUGCAAAAUGUUCUUCUGCAGAUGGGUUUACGGUUACUAGCACCAGGUGGAAUGCAGAUUCGGCAGCUGCACAGAUGGGUACUGAAAUGCCAUGCCUGCUAUACUGUGACUGCUGAAAUUGGAAGAAUUUUCUGUCCGAAGUGUGGAAAUGGUGGAACAUUACGAAAGGUAGCUGUUACUGUUGGUGAGAAUGGAAUUGUUUUGGCGUCCCAUCGUCCAAGAAUUACAUUGCGUGGUACAAAGUUUUCACUGCCUUUACCCCAAGGUGGAAGAGAUGCCAUAACCAAAAACCUAAUUUUGCGCGAAGAUCAACUUCCCCAAAAGUUCCUUUACCCUAAAACUAAGAAGAAAGUAAACAAACAGGGGGAUGAUGAUCUUUUCAUGGCUGGGGACACCUUCACUCACCAUACUGAUAAAAGAGCACCUCUUCAGCCUCCUGUAAGGAAGGCAUUAGCGGUCUUUAGCGGAAAGAGGAAUCCAAACGACAAUCAUUACUCCCGGUCGAAGCAGAAGUAGCUUUACAUCACUUUUGAUCUAUAUUUUUUACUCGAGAGCUAGACAAUGAAUGCAAAGUUUUUUGAUAUCCCACCACUUCCUUUGCCCAUAUGCUUUUGUUAAGCAAGUUUUUAAUAUUCUUUUUUGUGUUGGAAUGAACUCAAUCAUGGAGAGAUUUUAUUUAAAUACAUUUGAGAUUAUGCAUUGCAGAAGCAAUUGAAUGAAAAAGUAGUAAGGUAUUGCCAGUGGUUCUUUUA